GACGAUGCCGACAUGGAAUUGGAACUGUAUUUCCAGUCGGUCAACACCAAUGAACAAUCGAAAGCUAUGAUUAUUCUUGACGAAAUUGGUCACAUUAUUGAUUGCUUACUGAGGUUAUCUAUCACAAUCCGAAAUCCAGCACCUCACGACCAAUUCAGCUCCAGGGCCGGAGCGGAUACUAUUUCUAUGUACAAGGAGUGGGAUAUGAAGCAUAUAUGCGAAAAAUUCAACCGCCUUGACAGCAAACUCGCUGAUAGGCUGGGAAUAGCCUUGUCUCGUCGACGGCAAUACUUGAAAUACCGAGAAGAACACAGCCAGAAGCUUGCUCAUGGGUUAUAUAGCGAGACUGAUGAGGUCGACAACGCAACCACAAUUGCGUCUUCCAUUCCGAAAAAUCUCAACGAUAUAGAUAACUCAACAUCUUUUCUUGAAAUGGAUAUACUUUUGGACGCCAUGUCCGAAACUUCUGCCACAUCGUACGCGCUUUCGAGUGCUGCCACCAACGAGCUACGAGUCCCUAAAAUACCGAGGGAGUACAUCGAUGGGCCAUUUCAGUGUCCACUCUGCCGCACAAUAAUAAUGAUUGAUAAUAGAAGUUCCUGGAAAGACCUUCAGCCAUAUAUCUGCUUAUUCGACAAUUGUUCGUCCCCGAACCAACUUUAUCAGAGCCGUCAUGAUUGGGUGGCACAUAUGAAACAGGAACAUUGGGUCUCUUGGUCUUGCGUGUUUGGCUGUUCCGGAUCAUUUGAUACCCAAGAAAGCUUCAAAGGACACCUUGCGACAGUCCAUGGGCAAAGUUCCAAGUCUACUGACUUACAGGUCGUCGCGAAUCUAUGCCGCUUUCCAACCGAGACAAAUAUUGUCGGCAUGUGUCCUCUCUGCUUAGAAUACCAUAUUGAAUCCAGUAAGAGAUAUCAAUCACACGUCGGCGAUCAUCUUGAACGCCUCGCACUUUUCGUGUUGCCUCAUACAGUAUAUGAUGAUAGCGAUGAGGAGAGUGACGGGAACGAAAGCCAUUCCGCAAAGUCUCAUGGAUACGAUGGCUUCGAGAGCGAAGAUAGAGAAGGAGAUACAGAU